AUGAAUAACAUGAAUGUCAUCGCAAGAACGAUUGCUGCUAAUAAUGCGACUAGAACCGUGAUUGCUAGAACGAAUGCUACUAAUAAUACGACCAGAACCGUGAUUGUUCGCACGCCAGAAAGCUCAGUAAACUCUUUUUCUUUCUUGCCAGCACAUUAUGCCGUCUCUGCAACGGAUUCCCUGUUAGAACGUGCAUUGACAUCGAAUGGCAAUAAUUCCAACGUUCAAACGCAAAACGAGACAUUGAUUUUUACCGAAGGUGCAGUUUUUAAAGAGCCUGACCAUGGAGUACAUUGCAUUUUUCAUCACGUCAGCACUGUACCAGAUAUCACGAAUAAUAUUUGA